AAAUUAAACAUUAGCUAUAUUCAUUUAUUUUAAACCUAUUGUUUUAUAAUAAUUGCAAAUUUUUAAUUUCAAUCCAUAUCUAGAAUGGUUUAAGUAUGCACAAAUAUAAUGCGUAUUUCGAAUACGUAUGUGUUUCGUAACUCUCAAUAAAACUUUAUGACUUUUACUCACUACAGAAAUAAUUGCAAAAUAUUAAUUUCACGAUCAACAUGACUGAAUCUGUUAUAAUACUUAAAACAUCUGGCUAGAAGGACCAAAAUUUUAUUCAGCCAUUAAUAAUAUAAGUGAUACAUGAAUUUUAUUCGUUUAUUACUAAAAUAUAUUUUUUCGAUUAAAUCAAUGAUACAGCUGUAAUGGUUACAUUCGCAAGAAUAUGUGACAUAACUUUAUUGCUCGUGUCAUUAUUUUACCUACAAGAGUGUAAAGACAACAUAUUCCAAAGUAUAGAUAAAAAUAACUAUCUAGCUACAGAAUCAUUUAACGUAGCCAAAGACUUGUUCAACCAAGGCAGAACAAAUUAUAUCAGUCUGAAAAACAAGUCUUUGCAGACCAUAGACACCUUCCUGGAUCUAGUAUACAUCAUGAAUGAUCAAAUGGCAAAGGAAUUAAGAAGUUCCGUCCUAAAGUUUUACAAAAUUAAAUAUUUUAGAGAUUUCACAAACUUCAUGAUUACGAUGGAGGAGAUAAUAGACAUGGUAGAACAUUGUCUAGUAGACCCAGUAGAGAAGCUAGAGCAGAUUCGUGCGCAGUUCCACAGCGUGAUCAAGAACUUCGAAGAUGUUAGAAACUUCGAUACCGUCACUAAAUGCCACAAGGAGUUGCCAGAUGAGGUGGCCGCGGCGCACUGUUUACUGCACCAGGCUGUUCUGUUCAACGAAACCAUGCAAGAAAGCCUAGUAACAAUAGUGGAAAUAAAAACAAGACAACACGCAAGAGACAUGAACUCGUCUCUUUACAACGUUAAAACAUGUAUCGACGACUUCGUUCCUAAAUUCUUCGAUCAACUAUUACUAGACGCGUACACAAAUAAAUGCGGCUAUUUGAGGGUAGUCAACGCGUCUAUCACGGAUUUAAUUAAAGAUAAAUGGAGGAGCAACGAGACACUUUUCCCUGAGAAAUGGAGUCCACUGGUCAAUCUUCUAAAAGAAAAGUUUUUUUGAACCUCUGUGUCCGGCGACUCCCAGACAAGACACAAGACACUCCUAGCCUACGGUAGCUGAACCGAACGCAUCUGAAAUAUAUAUUAUAAUUCUCUUUGGCAUCUGAAAUCAAAACGACUCCCGAGCCCGAAUAUAAUAUCAUAUUUAUGACAUUUAAUAUUGCUAUUAUCUAUGGCUAAAAUAAUGUUGAAAGAUUUUGGGCUGAAAUAA